UAAUACAUAGUUAUUGAUAUUAAUAAUUGCAAGAAAAUAAUUAAAAAAGAUGCAUAAAUUAAGAGUUCCACCAUUAAUAAUCAACCAAUAAGCUAAAGCUUCUUAGCCAUCUUAAGAAAAGAGAGAGGUAGCAAAGUAGGAGAUCACCUUCAUCAUUUUGAAUCUAUGGAGCAACUCGUCAACUUUAUCAUUCGGCCUCCCAGGGCUGAGUAUGAUCCAAAACAUGAUCUAUUGGAACAAGAGUUUAUGCUGAGGGGAAAAUGGUAUCAAAGAAAAGAUUUGGAGAUUAAGAAUUGUCGAGGAGAUUUGCUUCAGUGUAGUCAUUAUGUGCCCAUUGUAAGUCCUGAAGGGAAGCCUCUGCCCUGUGUAAUAUACUGCCAUGGAAACAGUGGGUGCAGGGCUGAUGCCAGUGAAGCAGCUAUUAUUUUGCUGCCUUCAAACAUUACAGUUUUCACCCUUGAUUUCUCUGGGUCUGGUAUAUCUGGAGGAGAUCACGUUACUCUUGGGUGGAAUGAAAAGGACGAUCUAAGAGCUGUGGUCGAUUAUUUGCGAGCAGAUGGAAAUGUCUCUAUGAUAGGCUUGUGGGGCCGGUCAAUGGGUGCAGUCACUAGCCUUAUGUAUGGAGCCGAGGAUCCUUCGAUUGCUGGAAUGGUUCUUGAUAGUCCAUUUUCUGAUUUGGUUGACUUGAUGAUGGAGCUGGUGGAUACGUACAAAGUCCGUUUACCAAAGUUCACUGUCAAGUUUGCAAUACAAUAUAUGCGAAGAGCUAUUCAGAAAAAGGCAAAAUUUGACAUAACUGGUCUGAACACAAUCAAGGUAGCAAAAACAUGCUUUGUUCCAGUUCUGUUUGGGCAUGCUACAGAUGAUGAUUUCAUUCGGCCCCACCAUUCAGAUCGUAUAUUUGAUGCUUAUGUUGGAGACAAAAAUAUUAUCAAAUUUGAGGGAGAUCACAACUCUCCAAGACCUCAAUUUUACUUUGACUCUAUAAAUAUAUUUUUCCAUAAUGUCUUGCAACCUCCUGAUGAUGAGGUGGGGGAAGCAUUUUUUGACUCCAUGCAGGAUUACUUUGGUAAGGUUGGUUGGAGAAUGACACCUCCAGUAGACCAUGGCCAUGACCUCAAAUUUUCAAGUCCAUCAUCAGAACCAACAACUGGCAGCACAGAAGACGCCAUUGAGAAACUUCGUUCAAGAAGACCUAUGAGUCGGACAGAGGUUCCUUCGGAUAUUCCUUCUGACGAAAAUCAAUCCAAAAAUAAGGAUCAAAAAUGUGAUGACGAUCUUUGUUCUUCAUCGUCCAAAAUGAUUAGUUUUGAGUUCACCAAUGGUGAUCCCUGUGGACCCCAUGUUCCGACAACCAUGGAUGAUGAUCAAUACGUAGAAUAUGAACUUGACGACUUGGCAGGUUUUCCAACUGAUGUCGAAGAAGAAGAAAAGAUGAUCAUGGAAGCAAUGCUGUUGUCAUUGAAAGAUUUGGAUAUGAGACAUCCUCAACCAUAUGGAGACGAAUCACCGUCUAUUGUUGGAUCAGAUUCUUCAAAAGAUUUACAGAAAGAUGUCAAACCGGGUGCUGUUUCUUUGGCAGAGAAUAAUGACUCGUUAAAGACAGAAUCUAUUUCCACUUCUGUACACCAACACGAGUCUUUGAAAGCAGAAUCUACUUCAACUUCAGUAACCAAGAUUCAUGUUUCUGAUCCCAAGCAUAAAACUCCUGCCAAAGAAUCCGGAAGCUCGGGACAGCCUACUCAAAAAGUUGCCUCAUCAAGCACCCAAAGCGCACCAGAAACUGAUUUGUCAGCAAAUACAAAAGCCACAUUAACUGUUGAACGAAAUCCUGCAAGCAAUGUCAUGGAUGGUUUGAUUCGUCGUUGGGAUUUCAGCUUCUUUCGAAACAAUCAAAGUAGAUAGAGAUUUUCAUUUUCAUUUUUUUUAAAGAUGUUUUGUUACUUCUAGCAAACAAUAUAUUGCAUUUGUUUUGUAAUUAAGAAAAGUUUCUGGAGCUGUAGUUUGUAGGGUGCUUGCCCAAAUAGAAAGAGGGGAAAAAAAAGAAGAAAAAAGUGGUAAAGGAAAGGGGUUUUUUUUUUUUUAAUUUUUUUUUUGUGAAUGUGUGUAAACAAAGUUAGCAUAUCUGGUUUCGAUUAAUUCACUUUCAUUUCUCAUUAUUU